UGGUUUAACUGCGUUGGGAAAAAGAAGGCGCAUCUCGCGUCACCUGUAGAAACGUACCAUCUACAUUUCCUGGUUGUAAGAAAACGACAAUAUCCAGAAUUAACAGCGAUUUCAAGACGUAGUACCGCCAGUCGAUUGGAACCACGUAAGAAUAAAAACAAUUCAGCCUCGACCACGCACACAAAUAGGGCGAGGGGCCGCUCGUUCCCCUUGGUAUAGAGAAGGAUGAAUGCCACUCUCUUCCAGCCUAACUGAGAACGAGGGAGCAACAGAGGAAGAGGAAGAGGUGGAAAGAGGAGAGCAACAAGUGAAGAAGAAGAUAUUGAGAAUCAUACGCUCGACAGGGAUCCUCUUCACAUCCGGACAAUUAUUUCUCUCUGUUCGUCUCGCUCUCUCUCUCUUUUCCUCCAUCGUCGACAUCGUUCACUGCAGUGGCGCUACCUCUCCUAGACUUUGUGCCGUGAAUUGGCUCUAACACACACACACACACACACGUUUGGUCUGUGUCCUGUUGAUCUGCUAAUGCUGGUUUACCCUGGCUGCCUGCCUGCUUGCUCCAUCCCAAUCUCCAGAUCAUGAAGAGGCCCAAGCAACAGACUCAUCCCCUCAGCUUCCUCUCCUUCUUCAGCCGGAAGCCUAAAUCCGAUCCCAGGCUUGAGAGGCCUGCUGGGGCCCACAACAAGGAGGAGGUCUCCAUCACUCUCACACCCAGCGAACAUGCAGACCAGGACCAGAACAUCACAGCCGAAGAGGGCGUGAUCGAGCAAGGCGACUUGGAGGCGGCAUCGUCAGGGGUGACGGGUGACGACCCUGGCGCUGCGGUGGAGGUGGAAUGCUGCGGCGGCGGAGCCAACAGCUCUUCCACAGGUGUCCUAUCCCUCUCCUCUUCCAGCCAGGACCAGCUAUUGGACGAUCACCACUUGGAGGAGUGUCCUUUAUGCCUUCUCAGCCAACCACGAUGCCGGUUCCCUCGCCUCUCUUCCUGUUCCCACCGGGCCUGCUAUGACUGCCUGAGACAGUACCUGAAGAUUGAAAUCUCAGAGAGCAGGGUAGGCAUCGCCUGUCCGCAGUGUCCCGAGGCGUUUGCGCCGCAAGAUGUGCGCACCAUCCUGGAUGACUUGACGCUGCUGGAGAGAUUCGAAGAGUACCAGCUGAGACGGUUUCUGGCAGCCGACCCGGACACGCGCUGGUGUCCAGCACCCGACUGCAGCUUUGCAGUGAUAGCGUAUGGCUGUGCUGAGUGUCCUAAGCUAAGCUGCGGGCGUGAGGGCUGCGACACAGAGUUCUGCUACCACUGUCGGCAGCUGUGGCACCCCGACCAGACGUGUGACCAGGCUCGACGCCAGCGAGCACGCCACACUUCCGGGGGAAAUGAUGCCUCCACAUUAUACGUCUUCAACGAGGAGCCUGGAGGAGAGUCGGAGGAGAUCAAGGCGUGUCCUCGUUGUGGGGCCUACAUCAUGAAGACCAACGAUGGCAGCUGCAACCGGAUGAACUGUACCGUGUGCGCCUGUCAGUUCUGCUGGCUGUGUAUGCAAGAGAUCACCGACGUGCACUACCUCAGUCCCUCAGGUUGUACGUUCUGGGGGAAGAAGCCGUGGUCUCAGACCCGGAAGGUGCUGUGGCAGGUGGGCAUGCUGCUCGGCGCCCCAGUAAUCAUCUCUCUCAUCGCUGGCAUCGCCAUCCCCGUCAUCAUAGUGGGCAUUCCCAUCUACAUGGGCCGCAAGGUCCACGGACGCUGUAAGAAGAACAAUAUCUCAGGUAGUAAACAUUACCUAACGGUGGCCAGCGGCGUCAUGAUGUCCGUGUUCGUGUCGCCUGUCAUAGCUGCUGUCACUGUGGGGGUGGGCGUCCCGUUGAUGUUGACGUAUGUCUAUGGGGUCGUCCCCAUGUCACUCUGUCGGAAUGGAUGGUGCCAGCCGCAGAACGACCCCCCAGAAACACAUAAGAUACAACUGGAAGACCUAGCCAGCUAUCUUCUAUUCUCUCAUGUAGUCAGCGACCACUGGCCGGGACCGGGGCCAAGAGGCCAGACCAACCCCGCCCUCAGCGACACCAGCGUCCAGGAAGUCCUACAAGAUGUUAGGGUCAGCGUACAGGAAGUUGGCCUGCUCCCCAGCACCAGCAGCGCUGCCACGCCCCCGGAACCAGAUGCAUGCGCAGGAUUGGACAAGCAUCAGAUGCGUCAUGUUUAUAUGCAGCAGGACAGCCAAUCAGACUGCGAAGGAGCUGGGGGUGCUGGGAUGCUGGAUAAGACGCAGACAUUCUCCUUGCGGGAGGGAACAAACAUUGAGGUGCGUGUAGAGAUCGAGGCCCAUCCACGAGGCGCACGUCAGUCCAGCCUCAGUAGCAUCCUGUCCAGUCGCAGCCUAUCAGCUGAGUCCCUGGGUCGAGCACACACAGUAGGCCGCGCCCACUCGCAAGAUCACCUGGGCUACGCCCACUCCCAGGAACAUCUGUAUGCCUCUGAACAUGAAGAAGAGAGUGGAGAAAAGGAAAGUGGAGGAAGAGAGGGAGAAUGCAGGGACCACCUGCAUGUUUUUGAGACAGACAAUGUCUGAGCUCCGCCUACUAUUUAGGCCACACCCCGCUUCCACUACAGGCUCCUACCACCAACUGUCUUCCUGGUCCACCGUCUAAGAGUCGGGGACAUGGAGAGAGAAAGGGAGAGCGAGAGCGACAGUGAGGAGGGAGAGAUGGAAAAAGUGUGUUUGUGAAAAAUAGACGAAAUAAACAGGGCCGCUUGCCAACACGGAUGCAUCAAAACGAACCAGAAAUGACUGAAAGCAUGUUGAUCGACUAGUUUGGUGGGUGCUAGCCUCACUUUACUGUGUCUUUUCAGAAGAGACACCCCUCCCCCUUCCAAUCUAACACUGGUCUAUUUAAAUGAUUAUUUAAAUAAAAAUUAUUACCAAGCCCCUUCUCUACCUACACCCGCGUACUUAUACUGAUCUAGAGCCAUUUGUAUCAAGCAUCUCAGAGUUGGAGUGCUGAUCUCGGAUCAGUUUUGCAAUUUUUCGAUCACAAUAAACAUGAUUAUUAUAGACAGAGAAUACCUGAUCCUAGAUCAGCACUCCUACACAGAGAUACGUACAACGCCUAAUUUCCCCCCCUUUCCAUCUAAGAUACAUUUUAAGAGAUCUAAAAGCAUGUUUUGUUCUGUAAGGGUUAGUCACACGUAACAUGCUGCUUCAACUCUCUUCCUGUCCGUCCCGUGUUGAUGAUGACAUGCCAUGUAACAUGCUGCUUCAACUCUCUUCCUGUCCGUCCCGUGUUGAUGAUGACAUGCCAUGUAACAUGCUGCUUCAACUCUCUUCCUGUCCGUCCCGUGUUGAUGAUGACAUGCCGUGGAACGUUGAGAGGCUACUGUGUAAAAGGGUCUAAUGAAGGAGGAGGGGAGAGGGGGGAGGUUCAGCAUUGUCAGAUACCGUGUAAACCUUACUUUGUGCAACGCGUUUUAACAGAGGAGAUAUGCUGGUCCAACUUGCUGGUCCAACUGGUCCAAUGCUGGUCCAACUUGGGUCCAACUGGUCCAAUGCUGGUCCAACUUUACGGGACUUGUUGAAAUGCAGUCGCCCUCAACUAUGACUCGUUGGGGAUCUCAGUGAAUUUCAUAGUAGACCACUUUGACCAAACUGGUUAUCAAGCUGAUGUCCCCUUGUAUCACAACCUUUCAUUGAGGGGGGCUUCUGCUGCUGCUGCUAUCUGUUUUGGUCAAGGCAUACAUUAUUUCUCUGCUGGGAAUCUAAGCAAUAUUCAGGAACCAGGCUCUGUGAAGUUCAGUUAUCCUACGGACUCUGGCUGUGUGCAUCCCAAAUGGCACCCUAUUCCCUCCCCACUGGCCACAGACGUCAGUUCAACGUCGAGUUUUGAUUUACAUUUGGUUGAGUUUGUCAACUACCGUGAAAUUAGCAACAACAACAACAAUGUCACUGUUGUCAUUGGGUUUCAGAUUAAAAGUUUGGUGAAAAAAAAAAAAGUCAGUUGAUUGAUU